AUGGACGAUCUCGAAUCCCUCGAAAUUCUUUCCUUGGUCUCCAAAGUGAGCUCCGAAUUACAAAAUCAUAUUGGAGUCGGCGACAAGACUCUCGCCGAAUUCCUGAUUGCGCAACAUGCAGAAUGUAAAUCUCUUGAGGAGUUCCAGAAGAAGCUGGAUGCAUUGGAUGCUGGUUUUCCGCAGAGUUUGAUUGAGAGUAUCGAUCGCUUGGUUCUGACUAUGCAUCCUAAGUUUAAGGGUGGAAAGGGAAGACAUAUCGAAGAGGUAUCGCGAAAGACGGAAGAGAAGACGAAAGUUUUCAAAGGACUUGCGCUGCCCGACAAACAACCAGCUUGGAUAUACGAACCCGAGGAAAAUACAAAUAGAAUCGCAGAUCCUGGUACGGAUGCCAUCGAUGAUACUCUGGCCCUACUUGAAGGACUUGCGCCGAAGCCUAGAGUAGAGAAGCCAAGCCGAAAACGAAGUCGCAGUCCAGAUGAAGACCAUGAUAGAGGUCGCAACAGGAAGGAGAGAUAUAGGUCGCGAUCGCGGUCACGGUCUGCGGAUGAUACACGAAGAAGAAGGAGAAAAGCGCACCAUGACGAGGACGAAUUUGGGCGCGCGAGAAAUGGUCACAAAUCCAGUCGGAGAAGGAGAGACGAAGAUGACCAGUUUAAGAGACCUCCCGUUCCGGAAAUCGAUGAUGAACCUAUAUUAUUUAAAGUUUAUGAAGGCCAUGUCACAGGCGUUAAAGACUUUGGUGCUUUCGUCCAUAUACAUGGAGUUAAAGGGAAGGUGGAUGGUCUUGUGCAUGUCUCGGCUUUGGUUGAAGGCCAACGUGUGAAUCACCCUUCAGAUUUGGUUUCAAGAGGACAGCCGGUCAAAGUCAAAGUUGUAAAAAUUGAAGGCACGAGGGUAGGUUUGUCAAUGAAGGACGUUGAUCAAGAGACGGGCAGAGACCUGGCGCCAGAAGAAAGAAUACAAUCUGGCGCGAACAAUGAGCGCCUUGGUGGUGGAAGAUAUGAAUAUGGCUUGAUCGAUGAAAAACCCAUUGUCUUUGAGAAUGAUGCAUCAAAUAGGUCUCGGAAACCGAAAAAGAGAAUGACUUCACCCGAGCGUUGGGAAAUUCGACAACUUAUUGCUUCUGGUGUUGUGAAGGCAUCAGAUUACCCUGAUCUGGAUGAAGAUUAUAACGCAGCGCUCAACGGGGAAGGAGAGAUGGAGCUGGAAGAAGACGUGGAUAUCGAGUUACGGGAAGAAGAACCUCCUUUCCUUACUGGACAAACUAAACAAUCUCUCGAGCUCUCUCCCAUCCGAGUUGUAAAGGCCCCAGAUGGCUCGAUGAAUCGAGCCGCAAUGGCUGGAGCAACGCUGGCCAAGGACCGUCGAGAACUGAAACAACAAGAAGCUCAGGAUAAAGCGAAUGAAGAAGGCGCAAAAGUGGAUCUGGCUGCCAAUUGGCAAGACCCAAUGGCCGAUCCCGAAGGACGAAAGUUUGCAAGCGAUUUGAAAAGUAUCAAGCCUGCACAAGUCAGCGAUGAUGUUCCAGAAUGGAAAAAGGUGACCCAAAACAAGGAGCAGUCUUUAGGACGCCGAACGGAUAUGACUAUCAAGCAACAGCGGGAAUCUUUGCCAGUCUUUCGCUUCCGAACCGAGCUGAUCAAGGCUGUACAUGCUAAUCAGCUUUUAAUUGUGGUUGGAGACACGGGCUCUGGUAAAACAACGCAAUUGACUCAAUAUUUGGCCGAAGCUGGAUUUGCGAACAAUGGCAUAAUCGGCUGUACCCAACCUCGUCGUGUGGCUGCCAUGUCAGUGGCAAAGCGUGUAUCUGAGGAAGUUGGGUGUGUUUUAGGUCAAGAGGUUGGUUACACAAUUCGAUUCGAGGAUUGUACCUCGCCGGCUACGAAAAUCAAAUACAUGACCGACGGAAUGUUGCAGCGUGAGAUUUUGAUGGAUCCUGAUCUCAAAAGAUAUUCGGUUAUCAUGUUAGACGAAGCCCACGAGCGUACCAUCGCAACAGAUGUUUUGUUUGCGCUGCUUAAAAAGACUUUGAAACGAAGACCCGACAUGAAAGUCAUUGUCACCUCUGCCACCUUAGAUGCCGAUAAGUUCUCAGCUUAUUUCAACGAAUGUCCUAUUUUCUCCAUUCCUGGACGUACGUUUCCAGUCGAGGUCAUGUACUCUCGUGAGCCCGAAUCAGAUUACCUGGACGCAGCAUUGGUUACCGUCAUGCAGAUACAUCUGACAGAGCCCCCUGGAGACAUCUUACUCUUCUUGACUGGCCAGGAAGAAAUUGAUACCAGUUGCGAGAUUUUGUUUGAGCGUAUGAAAGCCCUUGGACCCAGCGUUCCGGAGCUCAUUAUUCUUCCUGUAUAUUCUGCUCUUCCUAGUGAGAUGCAAAGUAAAAUCUUCGAUCCUGCACCUCCUGGGAGUCGGAAAGUUGUCAUUGCAACGAAUAUUGCCGAAACCUCAAUUACCAUCGAUCAUAUCUAUUACGUUAUCGAUCCUGGAUUUGUCAAGCAAAACGCCUACGAUCCAAAAUUGGGAAUGGACUCGCUUGUCAUCACACCAAUCUCGCAAGCUCAGGCGAAACAGCGUGCAGGUCGUGCAGGGAGAACUGGACCUGGAAAAUGUUUCCGUCUAUAUACGGAAGCUGCUUUCCAAUCUGAGAUGUUGCCUACUUCGAUUCCUGAAAUCCAACGGCAAAAUCUGGCGGUCACCAUUCUGAUGCUAAAGGCCAUGGGUAUUAAUGACCUUUUGCAUUUUGAUUUUAUGGACCCUCCUCCCACCAAUACGAUGUUGACGGCACUAGAAGAGCUUUACGCACUAUCAGCUCUGGACGACGAAGGUCUUCUGACACGAUUAGGUCGAAAAAUGGCUGAUUUCCCAAUGGAGCCGUCCCUCGCAAAGGUGCUGAUCGCUGCCGUUGAUCUACAGUGUUCCGAUGAAGUCCUGAGCAUUGUGGCCAUGUUAUCUAUGGGUUCACCAUUUUACCGACCCAAAGAGAAACAAGCCCAAGCGGAUCAAAAGAAGGCAAAGUUCCAUGACCCUCAUGGUGACCACCUUACCCUCCUCAAUGUCUACAACGGCUGGAAACAGAACAAAUACGCCAACCCUUGGUGCUUUGAAAACUUCCUACAAGCUCGAUCUAUGCGUCGCGCAAAAGAUGUCCGCGAUCAACUAGCCAACAUCAUGCAACGCUACAAACACCCCAUCGUCUCUUGCGGUCGCGACACCCAACGCGUGCGACAAGCUCUGUGCGCAGGGCUAUUCCGCAACUCUGCACGCAAAGAUCCACAAGAAGGCUACAAAACUCUUAUUGAAGGGACUCCAGUUUAUCUGCAUCCAUCCUCCGCACUCUUCGGAAAACAAGCCGAAUGGGUCAUCUACCACGAGCUUAUUCUUACUAGUAAGGAAUAUAUGCACUGUACCACAGCUAUUGAACCGAAAUGGCUUGUCGAGGCGGCGCCGAGUUUCUUCAAGGUUGCGCCGACGGAUAAGUUGAGUAAGAGGAAGAAGGCGGAGAGGAUCCAGCCACUUUAUAAUAAGUUUGCUGUGGAGGAUGAUUGGAGGUUGAGUGCGCAGAAGAGGCAAGGAAGGGGUGGUGGAGGGGGAACGUGGGGUUAG